UCUUCUCUACCCCCAUCACUGGAAACAGGAGGAGGCAAACAGGUUAACCUGCUCUAUAUGAAGGAUUCUCCCUGUUAAAUGUUUUUUUUCCCCCUUUCUCUCUGCCACUGUUGCUCCAGAGGUUUCACGCCCGGAGACAGUGUGCAUUGUUAAUGGCGCUGCAUGAAUACAAUUGAAUCAGACUGAAUUGUUUCCCUGCUUUGCCGCUUACAAAAUGGUGCCAUUGUUGUGCUAAUGCAAUGCUGACUGUGUGAAUUGUAAUUUAACAUCACAGAGGGCCAGACGAUCAAUGCGAAUCCGUGCCAUGCUAUUGUAGCUGUGCUAGAGUAGAACAAAGUAGUAUUGCAGGGUUGGUUAUUAUCUGCGGAAAUAUAAUUUUUUUGUCUUUUUGCUCUUAUCAUGUAGUGCAAUUGUGAUUCUUGAGGGUAUUUUGUCAAUGGAGUUAGCAGCUAAAUGUUGUGACUGGUGCCAGGCCCAAUCUGUGCUGGUGAGGGCUGCGUCACUGACGUGGGUGUUUGCUUGUUUAUGAGUCAGGAGUGUUAUCUAAGUAAACACUCCUCCUCAGGCCAAAACAAGUCAUUGUUUGCCAAGUAUUGAGGCCGGGAUCAUAAGUGAAUGUGACUUGUAUAUUUAAAUGGAAUAUUCAUUAAGAAUAGCGCUAAGUCAGCCUGUGUCUUUUCUGCUGCCGCAGAGUGGCUGAUUAUGUGCUCCUGUGGGUUGGACUGGACUCGGUGGAAAAGAGACUCAUUGUUCCUGAGGAGUUUAAUCCUCCGGACCUUGGCCUCUGUGGUAGAUGGCAGUAAUUCUAGAUAAAGUACCUGCGUUUCGCUUGCCUCUCUUUUAUUGGUUUCCGGCGUCCUUUACAGCAGUGACAGGGCAUUCAACCCUUACGUAACCUCAAAAUAUCUGUAGCUAAAGUGGCUUUGGGUAGCUCUGGCUAGCCCCCGUGCUCCAGCCCAGCGCUGGUGUGGGAGUCUGGUGUCCUCUGCUUCGGGGGGUGGAUAGAAAGAUGAAAACUGCGAACUGAGGCUUUCUGGGAAAAUAGUCUCGGCCUCACCCCGUAUGCACCGUGUCAGGGAGCCAGUGAGAUGAAGGGCACAUGAACAUGAACGCCAGCGCUUCAGACACACGGCUCGUGAUGGAGGGAGUCGCUAUCAAUGAGAGUAGCAGUGACGUGCAGAGCUUUGAUGAGCGUGUUGCUCUCAUCGCUCUCCUUGUCUUCCUGUCUCUGGUCAUGCUCAUGAGUGUGCUGGGCAACCUGCUGGUCAUGGUGGCUGUGUGCAAGGACCGCCAGCUCAGGAAAAUAAAGACCAACUACUUCAUCGUGUCGCUGGCCUUUGCGGACCUGCUGGUGUCAGUUCUGGUGAUGCCGUUUGGGGCCAUCGAGCUGAUCCAGUCGGACUGGCUCUUCGGCGAGACCUUCUGCCUGGUGCGGACCUCGCUGGACGUCCUGUUGACCACAGCCUCCAUCCUACACCUCUGCUGCAUCUCCCUGGACAGGUACUAUGCUAUCUGCUGCCAGCCACUGGUCUACAGGAACAAGAUGACACCUUUACGUGUUACGCUCAUGAUCGGGGGCUGCUGGGUAAUCCCCACCGUCAUCUCCUUCCUACCCAUAAUGCAAGGCUGGAACAGCAUUGGAAUUCAUCACGAGAUUGAGAUGCGGAGAAACAUUGGGAACAACGGCACGGUGUGCGUCUUCAUGGUCAACAAGCCGUACGCACUCACCUGCUCAGUGGUGGCCUUCUACAUCCCGCUGGGCCUGAUGGUGCUGGCCUACCAGCGCAUCUACGUGACGGCGCGCGAGCACGCGCGGCAGAUCGGCGCCCUCCAGAGGGCCGGAGGCGCCGCCUCGUCCUCCGCCAGCGACAGCGCCGCCCACCAGCGCAACCACCGCAUGCGCACGGAAACCAAGGCGGCCAAGACUCUGUGCAUUAUCAUGGGCUGUUUCUGCCUGUGCUGGGCCCCCUUCUUCAUCACUAACGUGGUGGACCCCUUCAUCGACUACACGGUGCCCGAGAAGCUGUGGGCCGCCUGCCUCUGGCUGGGCUACAUCAACUCCAUGCUCAACCCCAUCCUCUACGCCUUCCUCAACAAGUCCUUCCGCCGUGCCUUCCUCAUCAUCCUCUGCUGCGGACGGAGGCGCUACCGGAGAGCCUCGAUACUGGGGCCCCGCGCGCCGUGCACCGCCACGCAGAUCAACGGAUCCACGCACGUGCUCAAGUAUGCAGUUCUCCACAAUGGAAACCACGCCGAGCAGGAGAAGGUGUCCCUGCAGCCCGACACAGAGUCACAGGAGUCCUGCUUCUGACACACACUUUCACAGACUGAACAGAGUCGCAGGGAGUCCUGCUGCUUCUGACACACUUCCACAGACUGAACAGAACAGAGCCGCCGCGCCCCAGCGGUGCGACCCCCCCCCCCAUUGGAAGGGACCAUCCUCUCACCCUUGGCCUGCUCUUGCGGAGGGCUCCGGAAUGUUCUGAAAGCUGAUUGAGACAGAGUUCCUGUGGUUGUGAGACUGAAACAUUGACUCUGAAAUGAUGACAUGCAGUAUAUUGCCAAAGGUAUUUCAUAUGAAUUUUGAGAUUAAGAAAAUAAUAAAAGAUUUGUUUUCCUAUGUAUAGAGAAAGAGCUUUACCACAA